AUCAAUAGAAAGACUCGGAUACAAAUGUAACUUACUGCAAAGGUGUGAACUUUAGAGCUGAGAAGCUAGCUCGCUUGUUCUUCCCGUCGCUCUCCUCCUCCUCCUCCUCGUCUUCGUCUUCUUCUUCUGAUGCAUGCGAUUCUCCACUCGACGUGUUCGAGAUUGGGACGGUCCGCCGUCAAAUUCGGUGUUCCGAUCGGCGAGAGGGCGAAUCAGAGCGUUUUGGAUCAGGAUCACUCGCGGUGCGACUGUUCGCCGAUUGUCUCUCCAACUUGAACUGGGGAUUCAGCUAAAGAAGCAGAGUCGUCGCUUGCACGGAUGUGGUCAGGUCAGGAAUUCAGUUAUUCAGCUCCCACCCGAACCCUGGAGAGGGAAAUGAUGGCGUGGGCAUAGAAAACUUUGGUCGCUAGUUCUUGUCGCUGUAGCUGUUGUUCCAUUGCUAUCACCUGGUCUGGCCUUUUUCUUUUUGCCUGACUGCUUGCUUGCUUGAUUCUUGUUGUUCCGUCGCUGUCGACGCUUGUCGGCUAAUGUGUGAAACUCAAGCAUCGGAAAUCUCCCCCUUACCGGACUCAGUUCCAUUCAAUUCGAUCUCUUCGGAAUCUCGAUAGAUUAGGUGAUACGAAACUGCAAACGAGGGCAAAACGCAAAAGGGAAGAUAUUCCCUCGAUUUGAUCGAACCAAUCAGCCCUGAGUGGUGGUGAUGUUCGGGGCUAUACAACUAGGGGUUCUGGCUGCAUGCGUGGUGCUGUUUGUGCCGAUGGGUAUGGCGGGCUGGCACUUGAGCCGCAACAAGAUGUUGUUCUUCAGCGGGGCCCUCUUCAUCACCCUCGCCGUGGGCGUCCACUUGUCCCCUUACUUCCCAUCCUUCUCCCACUUCCUGAUGUCUCCCGCUGCCACUGUGGUUUUGGGCGACAGUCGUGGUUCUUGUCUCUCUCUCUUGCACGACAUUGUCUGGGAUGUGAAGCCGGCCAGACUUAUGCGACCCGUCAGCAAUACAGAUGGCAAUACCAAUGGCAGUAGCAAGAGCUCUCCCUACUAUCGUGAGUUGUCAUGGAGCUGGGCAAGAUCAAAAUCCAUCCUUGAAUGUGAUUUCCAGAAAGUGCGGUCUUCUGAUGCUUCGGAUCUACUUAAUGGGUCAUGGGUUGUUGUGGCGGGGGACUCGCAAGCGCGUUUGGUCGUGCUGUCUCUGUUGAACUUGGUUUUGGACUCGGAUCAGAUGGAAUCUGUCAAAAGUGAUUUGUUCAAGAGGCACAGCGAUUACGGGAUCAUGAUUGCUCGAAUUGGAUUGAAGUUGGAUUUCAUUUGGGCGCCUUAUGUUUCUAACUUAACUGAUUUGAUGUUAAGGUUUAGGCAAAAUGUGAACCUUCCAGAUGUUCUCAUAAUGGGUUCUGGACUGUGGCAUAUGCUUCAUGUCAGCAAUGCCUCUGAUUAUGGUGUUUCAUUACAGAAGUUGAGCAGUUCUCUUGUAUCAUCAUUACCAUAUUCGCGGGAAUUAGGUAACGAUGGACCUGUAACAGGGUCUGCGCCAAUUAGAUCGCAACAUUUGUUUUGGCUUGGGAUGCCAAAUUUAAUAAACUCGAUGCUAAACACAGAAGAAAAGAGGGAAAAGAUGAAUAACCUAGCUUUCUAUUUGUACAAUAUGGAGCUCCAUAAGAGUAGGAUACUGCGGCAGGCGGGUGGCCAUUUCUUACUGCUGGACAUUCAUUCAUUAACCCAGAGUUGUGGACCUCAGUGUACAGAGGAUGGGAUGCAUUAUGAUGGAGCUGUCUAUAAUGCUGCUGUACAGAUUGUCCUCAAUGCACUGCUUAUUGAAUCCAAUCAAAAGCUCUGAAUGAAAAGUUUUGGUAUUUGGGGUGUAAGCAAUUCAUAGGCAAAACUGACCAUGAUGAUGAGGAUUUGAACUCCCUCGAAGCACCCAUCUUCCUCCCAAGAAGAGUUGUACUUUUUUUUGUAGUUAGUUUGAUCAUUACAGUUGUGUUUCUGUUGAUUAACAAUAUGUCAUUGCCAAUCAAGGAAAUAGAAAGUUAUUAUUCUUUUGUUCCCUUAAUUUUGUAUCUUUAAUUUUGGUUAAGAGCUUCACUACAUUAUGCUCAGUACUUACUAGUAUUGGCUAUAGUCUUCUUUAAUUAAAUUUGAAAUCCUUUUGUC